GGGCUCUGGCCCGCGGCGCCUGGAGAGACGACACGGGGGCAAACGGAGGCCUGUGGAAGCCUGGUGUCCCGCAGGCCUCUGCCUAAAAGAUGACCUACUAUGAAAAAUGCAUCGAGAUUGUAAUAGAGCAACUUGACAAAUUUAAGCCUGAGAAGGACAAUCCCGAACAGUUCCUGGAGACGGCAGCUGCCUCCUUACAGCAGACUUUGAACCCCCAAAAGCUUGCCUUUGUUUUGGAGAUUCUGUCUGGCUGCCUGGAAUACCAGAAGUUACUGACCAUCGUGGUGGAUGCCUUCUAUGUGCGGGAUGGUCAGCUCUGCCUGUGGGCCGACUACAACCUCUUUGAGGUAAUAUGCUACCUGGCCAUGUUCCAGCUGGAUGAGCUCGGCUUCCAGCUCUUCUGCAGCAUCAUCAAGUCCCAGCCUGUGCACAAGACGUGCAAGUUCCUCAGGUUCUUCUUUAACCCCUUAAACUUGUGCUCAUGGAUCAAGGACGAGUGGAGCCUCAUCUAUGAAACAUCCCAUGUGAAGGAGAACUGGAUUGACCCUCUGAUGAGAUGGCAGCCAGAGGUCCAGGAGCUGAUCAACCAACUGGAGGGAGUGCCAACCGAUCAAAUUCCUCCCUUGAAGACCAAGGCCAAGGUCACAGAGCCCAAGGAAUUCAACCUGACUGUGCCAAAGCCCCGUGCCAUUAGAAUGCCUGAGCCUGUACCCACUAUGGCCAAGCCAAAGCCUGUCCCUCAGAGCACCUACCAGGAGCCCAAGGAGCAGCAACUUCUGCAAAUGAUCAAAAGAUACAACCGCCGGAAUGCUGAGGAGCUGCUGCUGAGAGCGAACAUGGACGAGCUACGGUGUGCCAUGCCCCGGUUACGCAGGGAUCCCCAAGCACAGGAGUUGGAGAAGCAGCAGCAGCAUCAACCUGCACCCCAAAUACGCAGGACUUCAAAUCUGACCUUCUACAAGCCUAACAACUUCCCAGUCAAGCUGAAUACAGCCACCAUCCUUCGAGAAGGGGCCUUAUACCAGCGGCAGGUGGAGAAGGAACUGCAGAGAGUUGAUAAGCUUGUAGAUGGAGCUGGGGACUUCUCCGAGUUCCUCGAGUGGCAGAAGAAGAUGCUGGCCAAGGACCUGGAGGAGCAGUUAGCCGCAAGCGAGUGCCGGCGGCUGCAAGGAAAACUGAGCCACGAGGAGGCCAUCUUGGCCCGGCAGAACCUCAUACAGGAAAACAAGCAGAAGGCCGACCAGAAGAAGGAGGAGACAGCUGAGCUAAUGCUGCAGUGUGCUGAGCGGCGCCUCCAAGAGGAGAAGUCCAUGAAAGAACUGGUGGAGCAGGUCAAUGAAGCCCAGAAGAAUGUCAAGGUGGCCCAAAUGAAGCUUGUGAAGGGCCGGCAGCAGAUAGUUCAGGAGGUGAUGGAAGAGAUCCGGGAGCUGCUGCAGCGUAGCUCAAAGGCAGCCAAAGAGGAGCAGAGGCAGCGCUGUGAGCUCAUCGCCCAGCUGCGUGCGCUGGAGACACAGCCCACACGCAAGGGCAAGCUGGUAGACCUGACCCAGAUCCCAGGAUAUGGUCUGGAAGGAGAGAUGUCUGUUGUGGAACUUCGAGAAAGGCUGGCCCUGCUUAAAGAAACCCAGAAACGAGAGCAGGAGGAAAAGCGGGAUCAAAUCAUUCAGGACAAGAGAGCCAAAAGCCAAAAGCUACAGAACACAGUGGAACAAAUCUCAUUGUGCCGCGCAGCCAUGGGCAGAACUGCAGCCUUGAGGUGGGAGGAAAAGAAGGCCCGGGCGGCAAGCCUGGGGACACCCUCUCAGGAUGAGCGCGUGUUGGAGCUGCAGCGCAGAAUGGAGGAGAGAGCAGCUGAGCGUCGUAGGCAGACAGCGCAGCUGCAUGUGCCACCGCCCAGGGUCGGGCGCCCCCAGUUGCCGGCUCAGACGGAGGCGCAACACUGGCUGGAGCUGUACCAGAGUCGCGAACGCAGGCUGCAGGCCAUGCAGGAGGCAGACCGCACCUGCCAGCCUACCCACCACCUGGAGGCUGCCUGAGCAGCUCCGCGGGCGGCCCUGCGCAAACACCGCGCAUGGCCGUUGACCUGCGUCCCCACCCCGGCCCUUUUCCUGAACCCCAGCCACAAUGCCCAGCCUCUCCCGAACUCCAGCCUGUUCCUGGGCAGUUGCCCCAGAAAAGACAAGGUGCAGUGGUGAACCAGAAACGCUAAACAACUACUCUUGCUCUGGACUGCAGCUGGCUACCCACGUUUUUAUAAGCUAAGCUAGUCCUUCCUUAUGCCCAGCAAGGCUCUUCGUGGGGCUGGGAGCUCCACUCUCCACUUGGAGCCAGUAGAUAUCCCUGAGAACCCCACAGCAGCGUGGGAUUGCCAGUGAGGUCCGGUUCUUGAACACCUACUAUGGACUGGCCCUUCUCGUACCUCAUGCAGAUCAUCUGAGCGAUGGAUCGCUGCAUACAGCAACUAUCACCCAGUCCUAUUCAGCUAAUAAGGCCACCUGUGCUCAAAGAGGACCCUGGCCUGAAAGCCAGGGCUCAGAGCCAACUGCAGGUGCCUUUCAGGGUCCUCGCUCCAGCAUCAUCAAGAGCCCAAGUCCAACAAAACUAGAGCCCUUGGGGACACCGUUCAACAGGGCAAGUAGCAUGCAGAUCAGCUGUGUUCUAAAUUCCUGGCCUCCGAGUUUCUCUGUACUGGAAAACCCAGACUUUAAUAAUAGGUGCAUGGAAUGAAUGCCUGCUGGUGAAUCUUAGCCUGAAAAUAAAGCUAUAUUGUGAUGUUUGGUUCAUAGGAAGAUGAUGGCAAGUCAUUGAGAGGGAAUAGGCAAGGAGAAACUGCUUGAUGGGUAGAUGUUCAAAAGAGACACCACCCCCUGGACGUCCUCCUUAGGCCUGCAGAGAAGAUGGCCCCUCAGGUUACGGUGAGGCCAUACUCCAGGGUGCUUUCAGACCAAGAAAGUCUUUUAGCACUGACAGGAGUCCUACCUCAGUAUUGAGAACAAAAAGAAUUCCAAAGAUCUUUACAAUCCUGGGUGAGGGCUGUGGGGAGAAAGGAAGCCCCAUCUUUCUAUUGAAUUAGA